AUGUCUUCCUCCCCUCCAUCCCCCAUCGACGAAAAACAAUUCGAGGCCAACGGCACCACCACCGCCCACUACAACUCCAAUGGCGCCGCCGCCUCCUCCUCCGACGCGGGUCGCCUCCAUGCCCUCGAACAACUCGAGAUCCUCCCCCAAAUCCUGAACGAGGGCAUCCUCUUCGCCGGCUCCGGCGCCGCUCUCCUCCUCCAAGCCGCCCUGCCCGCCAUCCGCGACACCGAACACCCAACCGGCGGCCACAAGGCCCUAGCCACCGAGCUCAUCGACGCCCUCCAAGCCCACAUCAGCUACAUCUCCACCCUGGUCUUCGGCACCCGCGCCGAGCGCAAGGCCCUCCUCGACAUGCUCUACCGCGGCGAGGCCCCCGGCCUGGGCGGCGGUCGCAACAACCGCUUCGCCCAUCACCCAGAGCUCCAACUGUGGAUGGCGGCAACGCUGUACGCGACUGCCACCGACUUUUACCAGCGCGUCUACGGCCGCGUCGACUACCAGACCGCCCAGCGCGGCUACUCCGAGUUCACCCUGUUGAUCAGCUACCUGGGCGUGCCGGCGGGGACGUGGCCCGAAUCGCGCCAGGCGUUCUGGACCUACUGGGAUGACCAGAUUGCCCAGUUGGCCGUGUCGACCGAUGCGGCGCAGUUUGCCAAGGAUCUGCGCGAGAGCACCGAGAUGCCCGGCUGGGUGCAGAAGUUGAAGCCGUUCCUGCGCGCGGUGACUAUCGAGAUGCUGCCGCCGACCCUGCGGGAUGCGUACGGCUUGCGGUCCACGGGGAGUACGCGCUUCUUGUAUCGCACUUGGAUGGGCUUUUCGACUGCCGUGUAUCCGGCGAUGCCGAAUAAGGUGCGGUCGUAUCCGUUGAAGUAUUAUCAGGAGCGGCUGCGGGGUAAAUUGAAUGUGAUUUAA